GGCCUGUUCGCAGUGGGAAGCUGGAGCUUCAGUCUCCUCGGCGCGUCAUCAUUCCUCCCUCUCUCCUCUUCUGCCGCUUCUCUUGCACGUUUUUUGUACGCGGCUGUGAUAUUGAUCGCCUGGCCUUUGUGUUGUCGCUCCGAGGCGCCGUUUCCUCUCUGACUUGGCCGCAUUUCGAUGUGUUUGCUGUCGCCUGCUGCUGCCUCCACUAACCCAUGUCCGACCGCAUCCCGCCUCCAGCCCGCGCCCCCGCUCCGUGGUGCCCAUCUCAAUGUCCACUCCGCCCGUAGACACACUCUCAGCCGUGGAAAGCGGCCCCCAGUCCCACUAUUUCCAGCUGCCCAGGAAGUUGCCUAAACGUAAGAGCCGCUUCAAACGCUCGGAUGGAAGUACGUCCUCGGACACAACGUCAAGUUUUAUCAAGCGGCAGGGGUCGGCUGAUUCCUACACCAGUAGACCGUCGGAUUCCGACCUGUCAGCAGAGGAGGACCGCGAGGCGUAUCGGCGUGAAGCCGAGCGCCAGGCACAACUUCAGCUCGACAGGGCUAAGUCCAAACCUGUAGCGUUUGCAGUAAAGACGAAUGUGAGUUACUGUGGAGCGCUGGAUGAGGACUGUCCUGUCCAAGGAGCUGCGGUCAACUUUGAUGCCAAAGACUUCCUGCACAUCAAAGAAAAGUACAAUAAUGACUGGUGGAUUGGUCGGCUGGUCAAAGAGGGAGCAGACAUCGCCUUCAUCCCUAGCCCACUAAGACUAGAGGCAAUGAGACUCAAACAGGAGCAGAAACAGAGGAAAUCAGGGGGCAACUCCUCCAGUUUAGGAGACAUGGUGACUGGGAGCUGGAGGACCACACCGCCAUCUGCAGGGGAAUCUAAACAGAAGCAAAAACAGGAACACGUCCCACCAUACGACGUGGUGCCCUCCAUGAGACCAGUGGUCCUUGUGGGACCAUCACUAAAGGGCUAUGAGGUGACAGAUAUGAUGCAGAAAGCCCUUUUUGACUUCCUGAAACACAGAUUUGAGGGAAGGAUCUCAAUCACCCGCGUCACUGCCGACCUGUCCCUAGCCAAGAGAUCAGUCCUCAAUAAAAGGCCAAUAAUGGAGAGGUCCAACACUCGCUCCAGUUUGGCGGAGGUUCAAAGCGAGAUCGAAAGGAUAUUUGAGCUCGCCAAAACCCUGCAGCUGGUGAUUCUGGACGCGGACACCAUCAACCAUCCCGCUCAGCUAGCCAAAACCUCCCUCGCGCCCAUCAUUGUCUAUGUUAAAGUCUCCUCACCUAAGGUGCUCCAGAGGCUGAUCAAGUCCAGGGGGAAGUCUCAGAGCAAGCACCUGAAUGUUCAGAUGAUGGCUGCAGACAAACUCUCUCAGUGCCCCCCUGAUUUGUUUGAUGUCAUUUUGGAUGAAAACCAGCUGGAGGAUGCUUGUGAGCAUUUGGCUGAAUACAUGGAAGUCUACUGGCGGGCCACUCACCUCCCAGGGACCACCCCUCUUAAUCCCCUUUUAGAGCAGACUCUGAUGACCCCGCCCUCUGCCAUCUCCAGCCUCCAGAACAAGAACCAAGCGCAGCCUAGUGAGGCAGUGGGCUUGGAGGCUGAAGAGGAGGAGGAGGCAGGUGAGGAGGCCCUCUCCCCCUUGGAGCAGGACAGUCUCAUGCCAUCAGACGAGGCCAGCGACUCCCUGUCUCACGGCCAGAGAGGGAGCCCGUGUCACCGGGGGGGCGAAGAAGAGGAGGAAGAGGAGGAGGAUGAGUACAGCUCUCCGUGCCAUGGCCGCACGUACAGGGGCACGUACCCCGCCCACCAGGGGCACGCGGGCGCCCACAACGCCAAUAGCCACGAGUCACAGGACAGGCUGCUGCAGAGUGAAGCCCAGCAAGGUCACAACCUGAGGAACAACCGCCAGCGCAGCCGCCCUUGGCCUCGAGACACCUACUGAGGAGGUCCAGGUCUAUUUUUAGAGCAUCACGAGGAUUGUGACCGUCAACAGGGCUACGCUACUCUGCGGUGGAACGUCUUUCAGGCAAACUUGCACUGCUUUGCCUCUCUAUUGUAGGAUGUCUCCAUAUAUACCGGCCUUAAGAAAAAAAACAUCUUUAGGUAACUUUACUUGUUGCAUGUGUGACAUUAUUUUAAGACUAUUUGCACAUUGAUGCCGCAAGAGGAAGUGAAUGAUCUUUUCAGAUAAACUAAUGUAGGAAUGUUUACUGUUGAUGGGAGAUACGAAUGCAUUUGCUGAUAAUGUAAAUAUUGAAUCGGCACCUAGUCUAUGAGUUAUUGUUCUUGAUUUGUUUGGUUGUUUCUACUGCAAUUUGUGCUGUUUGUUGAGAUGCCGCCACCCACACGUUUUCUUCACGGUCAACGGCAUUCGCAGAGAAGUGUGAGCAUCACGCGGCACAUCGUCCUCUUUCUGCUGUUGCACAAUCACGCGCUAACACCUCUAAGAAGCUAACGACGGGCACAGAGAAUGUAAACACGCAAAAAAAAAAAGGGAACGCUGGUGUGGUCGUAUCUCGUUUACCCGUCCCCACACAUGAAGCACACGCUGCUUGGUGGCGGCCUCAGAGAAUGUAAGCUUGCAUGCCUUUGGGUGUCACCCCAUUUGUAGCACAUUCUUUGAUUGUAGCACCUCCAUCUGUUUCGACCGAUCAUUGCACCCAAUUUGUGUACUGCAGUAUUGUUUGUUUGUUUUUUGUACACGGCCGACCCUCAGGUGUCCCAUGUGGCAAACGUGUGGCGAAGGACUCGCAGCUGUAGCAACCACCAAAUGACAUGACCUCAUUGUGUUUCUACGCCAUCAGCCUCACACAGGGUCGAUACCGGCUGGCUUUAGGAGUUACUGGGUUACUGCUUCCAUGCCGCACAUGUAUCUAAUGUAUAUUUUGAAGAGCAAACAAAAAAUCAGCAUGAUUGAGCGAGAAAAAAACCGAAAAAAUAUAUACUAUGCAAGUUCUGCAUGCAUUCUGGUUCUUUUUACCGUUGAGUAUUUUUGUAAUGCGUUGUUUCUGGUUCUGCCCGUUGUCUUGCAGUGAUAGUCGUCGUCGGGGCGCUCUAUUUCACCACUUUACAACUAACAGCACUCUUACUCACUACCAGCAGUUAAAAAUGGAGCUGGACACUCUUUGACGCACUUUGAAACUCACUGAAAAUGCUCCCCAGAUCAGACGGGAUGAAUGAUGUCCUCCUGCAUGUCUUCGUUCUACAAUUUAACUAUUUUCAUUCUAUUUUGCCAGAGUAUGUUUUUUCCAAGUGGACCAAUUAUUAAACAACUGAUGAAGCAGUUGGGAGUUGAUUUCCAAUUUAUGAAGCACAAUUUUUACAAAGUUAUCAUUUAGUUCCUAUGUGUUAUUCUGUAUGCAAUACUAAGCCUAACGUUGAAAAAUGAAAACGCCUUACACCAUCUGGACUUCCUUCUUAGUGUGAGUAGAAAAAAAAAUAUUGCACUAAUGUUUUGUUUUGUUUUUGGAGAUGGUCGCUUUGUAAUGCAAUAACUGCACUAAAUCUAACCCUGUAUCCACCAGAGAGCGUGCUAGCGUGACACAACACGCCUCUGCCCGCUCUUUACUACAAGGUGUGCAAAGUGAGACAUUUCCUGCCUGAUGCUGUAAAGGAUGCUUUCUAUUUGGAAAAAUAGAUUUACACGGCUAAAUGACUUCAACAAAAUAAACAUGACAUUUUACGUACUUUUAAUGG